AGACGGUUUAGUUCGUUCGAAAGUGGCUCACCAAAGAAGCGAUCGCGCGUGUGCAAAAAUAUAAGAAGAAUAUUCUUUGUUAAUAAAUAAAUCAGUGUUUAAUUAUUAAAUAAAAACAAACAGAAGAAAAUAUUUAAACAAGAAAUAUGUCGAAACUAGUUAUACUAGCUUUGUUAGCUUUCUUGGCCUUCCAAGCUGAUAAUACUGAAGCUUUUAAACUCUCCACCUUUAGCGUACAAAAAGGCACUGCUGCUUCAUCCUCUACAGGCGCAACAAGCACACCAGCAGCUUCUCCAAAUGAUUUGCUUCAAGGACUUACGAGUGCUUUGAAUGGAAAAAUAAGAACGCUGCAGUCACUCGUUGGAACUUUAGCGCAAUUGAAACAGAAUGUGCAACGAAAUCUAGUGAGCACUGUUUCCAACAAACUAAGUACCGUCACCAGUAGUUUAGGUAAUUUACCCAGAUCCUUCACCAUUCGCAAGCCAUUCUUCACUAAAACUAUUAAUAUUGGUAUUGGGGGCGGUUCGGCGGCAGCAACGACGACCACUACAGCCAAGCCCGGUGGUUAUGAGAGACGUUAAGCGACAUCAAGUGAUAUUAAAAUAGUAAUAUAUAACUAAUUAUGAUAUAA